AGAAUAUUCUUUUUCAACAUAGUUACAUAGCUAAGAGGAGGAGAACACCAUAUAAUUUUACAUUAUGUGAGUCAUCUCCAAAGUCUCUAAACCAUCUGAUUAGCCACUUACUUCUUCCCCCACUUCUCCUCCAACAAUUACUCAAUGGAAGCUUUGAAUGGUUGGCUCUCCUCCCCCAUGUACGAGAGUCUUAACCAUGAUCUUGCCAUUCGAAGGUUCUGCCCUGCUCGAAUGGAGCAGGAUCAAGGAGGAGAGUGGGAGGAAACAAUGAUGAAUCAUGAAUUUGAAUUUCUCUCUCCUUCUGAUGGUACCACCAGCACUCCUCAUUUAGCUGCUUCUGAGGUUGAGGAAUUGGUCGAUAGCUUCAUUAAUGUGGAUCAAGAAGACAAAGAUGAUGAUGAUCAUCCAUCUCCCGAGAAAUUCCAAGAUGAUCAGAUGGAGACAUUUUCCACGGCGGACGAUGUUUUUGGAGAUGUUCCAAUGCUCUUAGAAGGAGAUGAUGAAUUUGAGAUGAGCACUGGCUCAUCAUCUGAAGAUUCGGUUGCAGUUCCAAGUGUGGAAGUGGCGAGUCAUGGUGUAGACCAAGGCCUUCACUUGGUGCACUUGCUCCUGGCAUGUGCUGAGGCUGUCGGUUGUAGAGACACCCAAUUGGCAAACUCAAUUCUUUGCCGAAUUUGGGCUUCAGUUAAUCCUUGGGGUGAUUCUUUGCAAAGAGUUUCAUAUUGCUUUGCAAUAGGCUUGAAAUCAAGAUUGUCACUUCUUCACAAUGUCAAUGCCAAUGGUACUUUCACAAAUGGUGCCAUGGAUGUGUCACUGAUCACUGGGGAAGAGAAAAUGGAAGCCUUUCGACUCCUUUGUCAAACAACUCCUUACAUUGCUUUUGGAUUCAUGGCUGCAAACGAAGCUAUAUGUCAAGCAGCAAGAGGGAAGGACUCAUUACAUUUGAUUGAUCUAGGAAUGGAUCACACCCUUCAGUGGCCUUCUUUUGUCAGAACUCUAGCAUCAAGGCCUGAGGGGCCACCUAAAGUCCGAAUCACAGGAUUAGUCAAUAAUGAGCAAAAUUUAUUAGAGCUUGAAGCUAGCAUGAAAGUGCUGGCGGAGGAUGCUAGUUCAUUAGGCAUCUCUUUAGAGUUUAAUAUGAUAUCAGAGCAGAUAACUCCAUCAAUUUUAACUCGAGAAAAUCUCAAUUUGAGGGAAGGGGAGGCAUUAUUUGUCAAUAGCAUUAUGAACUUGCACAAGUUUGUCAAAGAGAGUAGAGGCUCCCUCAAGGCGAUUCUCCAAGCAAUCAAGAAAUUAAAUCCAACCUUACUUACUGUUGUGGAGCAAGAUGCAAACCAUAAUGGUCCUUUUUUUCUUGGGAGAUUUCUUGAAUCUCUCCACUACUAUUCAGCAAUUUUUGAUUCCCUUGAGGCUAGUCUUCCACGAAAUAGCCAGCAAAGGAUGAAGAUAGAGAAGCUUCACUUUGCCGAGGAGAUUCGCAACAUUGUAGCUUAUGAAGGUUCUGAUAGGGUUGAGAGGCAUGAAAGGGCAGACCAAUGGAGAAGGCAAUUAGGCAGAGCAGGGUUUCAAGUAGUGGGGUUGAAGUGCAUGAGCCAAGCUAGAAUGAUGCUUUCUGUUUAUGGCUGUGAUGGAUACACUCUAGCCAGCGAAAAGGGUUGUCUCCUUCUUGGCUGGAAAGGAAGACCUAUCAUGCUGGCAUCUUCAUGGCAAGUUCACAAUGUUCCUUCUUCCUGAUGCUUGGAUGGUAUCGUCAUUAAUAUGGUUUAGUCUUUGAAAUGAUCAUUACUUCGUCUAGUAUUAGAAUAUAAUAAAGUGGAUUAUCUCGUGACCAAUGAUGAUCCCGAUGUCCUCAGCGGUAGAUACAACAUAAAUCUUGUUCUCUAGGAAUCUUUUUAAGAAAUUCUCUUCCUAGGGUUCCAAUUUUUUUCAUUCUACUUUGCUAUUGCAAAUUGCAAUAUCAUUAUAAUUUUUGUGUGCCUGCCAGCUUGGGUAUACGCAAAUCCAUCAAACCUCCCAAUGGGGAAAAAAAUUUCUUCCUCUUUUAGAAAGAUUCAACAGCCGCUAGGACAGACAAUAUAUGACCAACUGUAGUCUUCAAUCAUUAAUCACAAUGGCCUCUUUUCUACUC